AUGUUGAAUAGAAAAGGGGGGUUUACGUCUGUCUAUGGUUUUGUUUCCGCUCAGCCAGAAACCAAAAGACUCGGGAGAAGAUCUCUGUCUCGUAUUCAACAAGCAGCCAUGGCGACUAAAGUUCAGAGGAUCAUGACCCAACCUAUCAACCUGAUAUUCAGAUUCCUUCAAAGUAAAGCGCGUAUCCAGAUAUGGCUAUUUGAACAGAAGGAUUUGAGGAUCGAAGGUCGUAUAAUUGGUUUUGAUGAGUACAUGAAUUUGGUUCUUGAGGAUGCAGAGGAAGUCAGUAUAAAGAAGAAAACCAGAAAGGCUCUAGGAAGGAUUCUGUUGAAAGGAGACAACAUUACUCUGAUGAUGAAUACAGGAAAAUAAUCAGGAGCAUUUAUUUGCAUGAGGAUAAAACUGAUUGGUACAUCACAAGAAGCUAAAGUGAAGAUUCAGGACUUGAUCAGUUUCUUUGGACGUUUUACCACUUUGAUCAUGUAUUCGUCACCAUUUUACUACAAUAUAUAUUUGUCAACA